UUCAUGCGAGUUUCUUCUUCUGGGAGUUGCAAAGGCCAAAUUAAAACACACACACCCAUUUUUUGAAGAAACUAUUUUUUUAUUUCCUGAUUUUUCUGCCAGUUUGUCCUUUUUUAUAGCAACCUUUUUUUCCCCUUCUUUCAAAAAAAAAUCCGCCAUUGAAGCUUUUCAAAGCUUUGCACCACCACUAUCUCACUGACCGCCAUUGUCACUCUUCUAUGAUCCGUGUUGGUGCUUCGGUCAACAAUAAGUCGUAGAAGCUUUGUUUAGUUGACGGCGUUUUGUAUUGAUUGGUAUGCAAUGGAGGUUGCUUAUAGUUUUAAACAGUCCAAUUUGAUUCAUGGAAUUGAGUGUAGAAGGUAUCGUUCGGAUUUUAUCCACUCGAAAUUGGGGUUUAGAAUCAGUGGGUAUGGGUAUAAGUAUGGAAGUAAUUCAAGGUCGGUUUCUAGAAUUUGCUUAAAGAAGAAUGUGAAGGGAAUUGGUAGCGUCAGUGGUGGUGGUUCUAUUGCGAAGUUGCCGUUUGGGAAGGAUUUCGAUGGUCAUUUGUGGGGUUUGAGUCCAAAGAAAGCCGUGGUGGGUGGGAGCCAGAAGGAUUUUAAGUCGGAGAGUUUGGGAGGGGUAGCUAGGUGUCAGAGUAAUGAUGCUGUAGUUUACGUUGAUGGAAAUGGUCGAAGUGUAGAACCCGGAAAAGAUUCUGAAGGAGAAGGGUUGGUAGAAGAGGAUACUCUCGACUUAGAAUUGAAUAGCUCUGGAGGAGAAAAGGAUGAGAAGGAAGAAGAAGAGGAGGCUCAGGAUACAACCUUGGAUGAGUUGAGAGAUUCGUUGCAGAAGGCAUGCAGGGAAUUGGAGGCUUCACGACUGAAUAGUACUAUGUUUGAAGAGAAGGCGCAGAAUAUAUCGGAAGCUGCCUUUGCAUUAAAAGAUCAAGCAGAGAAUGCUAGGACUAACGUGGAUAAUGCGCUAAAAAUGAUUGAGGAGCUAGUAAAUCAAGAAGUGAGUGCUAAGGAUGCUGUUCAGAAGGCCACAAUGUCUCUUUCUUUGGCGGAGGCAAGGCUUCAGGUGGCCUUGGAUUCUGUAGAAGCUGUCAAGUCCACAAGUGAUUCAGAAAGUGAAAGUGAAGAGGUAGUCGUGAACUUGCUUAGGAAAGAGGAGGGUACCCUUCUAGUUGCUCAGCACGAGAUGAAGGAAUGUAGGCUGGCUUUGGAAAAUUGUGAAGCAGAACUAACAAGGAUGCAGAUGAAGAAAGAGGAGCUACAGGAAGAGGUAGAGAGAUUGAAUGAAGUUGCUGAUCAGGCACAGAUGAACGCACUGAAAGCUGAAGAGGAUGUUACUAACAUUAUGCUUUUAGCAGAGCAGGCUGUUGCUUUUGAGCUCGAGGCUGCUCAGCGUGUAAACGAUGCUGAGAAGGCCUUGCAGCAAGCUGAAAAGAAGCUCUCUAGUUCUCAAACUGAUGUCACAGACUAUAUUGAUCAUUCAAGUAAGUCAUCCUCAAAUGAAGAUGUUGGUAUUCAGGAAGAGUUUUCUGGUCAAGGAACUCUGGGUGCUGAUGGCUCUGAAAGUGAAAAGAAUUUGGUGGUAGAAGGUGCUUCUUUGGCCAGCAAAUCCUCGUUGGAUAAGCCCUCUGACAAAACAAGCCAGAACCUGAUUGACGUUCCUCUAUUUGAUGAUUCAAGCGAUAAAGAAGAUAGGAAAUCAUAUGUAGAUGCUGAUACAGAUGCAGAAAAAAUGAAGAGUGCAGCACCAGUCAAGAAGUUAGAGAUACAAAAGGAAGUGACCCGUGACAGUUCUCCUCCUAGUAGUCCAAAGACAUCAACGGUGAAGAAGUCAUCUCGUUUCUUUUCUGCAUCAUUCUUUUCAUUUGAUGAAGAUGAAGAAGAGUUCACGCCAGCGGCUGUUUUUCGUGGGCUUAUGGACUCUGCGAAGAAGCAAAUGCCAAAAUUGAUUGUUGGAAUAUUGCUUGCUGGAGCAGGAGUUGCGUAUUAUAUUAACCGAGGUGAAAGAGGUGCUCAACUGCUUCAGCCACAAAAUUUUCUAACUUCCACUAUUGAAGAAGUCUCUUCAAGUGGAAAACCUCUGGUUCAGCAAAUGCGGAAAAUUUCUAAGACAGUGAAGAGUCUAAUUGACAAGCUUCCUCAGCAAGAGAUAAAUGAAGAAGAAGCAUCCUUGUUUGAUAUGCUAUGGUUAUUGCUGGCCAGUGUGAUAUUCGUACCUAUUUUCCAGAAAAUUCCUGGGGGCAGUCCCGUCCUUGGUUAUUUGGCUGCUGGUAUCUUGAUUGGUCCAUACGGCCUCUCGAUAAUUCGUCAUGUGCAUGGCACGAAGGCGAUUGCGGAAUUCGGAGUUGUGUUUUUACUAUUUAACAUUGGCCUUGAGCUUUCUGUUGAAAGAUUGAGCUCCAUGAAGAAGUAUGUUUUCGGUUUAGGCUCGGCACAGGUGCUGUUAACAGCUUCAGUAGUUGGCUUGGUGGCCCAUUAUAUUUCAUUACAGGCAGGUCCUGCGGCAAUAGUUAUCGGGAAUGGCUUGGCCUUGUCAUCAACUGCUGUUGUCCUGCAGGUCUUGCAAGAGCGAGGUGAGAGCACUUCACGGCACGGGCGUGCUACAUUUUCAGUCUUACUAUUCCAGGAUAUAGCUGUGGUGGUUCUGCUGAUACUUAUACCACUGAUUUCACCGAAUUCUUCUAAAGGCGGGAUUGGUUUCCAAGCUAUUGCGGAAGCCCUAGGAUUGGCUGCUGUUAAGGCAAUUGUUGCAAUUACAGCUAUUAUUGCUGGUGGACGCUUGCUUCUACGACCAAUUUACAAGCAAAUUGCAGAAAAUCAGAAUGCCGAGAUAUUUUCUGCAUGCACACUUCUUGUUAUACUAGGGACAAGUCUCCUUACUGCAAGAGCUGGUCUAUCCAUGGCAUUGGGGGCAUUUUUGGCUGGUUUGCUUCUUGCAGAAACUGAGUUUUCAUUGCAAGUCGAAUCAGACAUUGCACCAUAUCGUGGCCUUCUUUUGGGUCUUUUCUUCAUGACGGUAGGGAUGUCUAUUGAUCCAAAACUUCUCCUCUCAAACUUCCCGGUUAUUAUGGGAGCAUUGGGACUUCUAAUUGUUGGCAAGACAAUGCUGGUGACUUUAGUUGGUAGAAUUUUUGGUGUUUCGACAGUAUCUGCAAUCAGAACUGGUCUUCUUCUUGCUCCUGGAGGAGAAUUUGCCUUCGUCGCAUUUGGUGAAGCUGUAAAUCAGGGCAUAAUGUCUCCCCAGCUGUCAUCUUUGUUGUUCCUUGUGGUAGGAAUUUCCAUGGCUCUCACACCAUGGCUGGCUGCUGGUGGCCAGCUGAUUGCCUCUCGCUUUGAGCUGCAUGAUGUUCGAAGUUUACUACCCGUUGAGAGUGAGACAGAUGACUUGCAGGAUCAUAUUAUUAUAUGUGGAUUUGGACGUGUGGGCCAGAUCAUAGCUCAGCUCCUCUCAGAACGUUUGAUACCAUUUGUUGCACUUGAUGUUAGAAGUGAUAGGGUGGCAAUUGGUCGUGCACUUGAUCUGCCUGUAUAUUUUGGUGAUGCAGGAAGUCGUGAGAUACUUCAUAAAGUUGGGGCUGGAAGAGCUUGCGCUGCAGCAAUAACUUUGGACACCCCUGGGGCAAAUUAUAGAACUGUCUGGGCUUUGAGCAAGCAUUUCCCGAAUGUUAAAACAUUUGUUCGUGCGCAUGAUGUUGAUCAUGGUCUAAAUUUAGAAAAGGCUGGGGCAACUGCGGUUGUCCCUGAGACAUUGGAACCAAGUCUACAGUUGGCAGCUGCUGUUCUUGCACAGGCUAAACUGCCAACAUCAGAGAUAGCAUCCGCGAUCAAUGAAUUUAGAUCCCGUCACCUCUCUGAGUUGACUGAGCUGUGCGAAGCUAGUGGAAGUUCUCUAGGUUAUGGAUAUUCUCGUGUCAUGACCAAACCCAAGUCUCAACCGCUGGAUCCAUCAGAUGAUAACCCAAUUAUUGACGGAACACUGGCAAUAUGAAUAUGCAGCAGUUAGCGAAGAAGACAACAGAAAAACUGUAUAGGUUGAUUAAAGUCUCGUUAGGUUAACUUGUAUAGAAAAUUUUGGCAAUAAUAUUCAAUAUACUCGUACCUCCUUUGAUUCAUUGUUCAAAAAAAAAUUCAUCGUUGAUCAAUGAUGACAAAUAUUCAUGUUCCUUUCUCAAAAGAAUCCAAAAUUUUGGAUGGUCUUUUUUUCUAAUCGUAAACAGAGGAGCUCUUACAAAUUCUAA